ACGGAUGAUCAGAUCAACUUCAUAAUCGAAUAAUCCAUCCCCGCGAGAGGAAUCAUCAUGAUGGCACUUCCACCUCCUUCUCCGUCAUCCUCACCUUCUCUUCAACGUCUCUCCACCUUCAAAAACCCACCUCCUUCCGGACCCUCACCGUCUUCCAACUCAUCUUCUCCACUAGACUCCUUCGCCAACGACCCCAUCCUCGCCCCAUUCCUCUCCCCAUCCUUCUCCUCCUCCACCUUCUCCUCCGCCGCACUCGCCUCCGGCUCCCCCGCCUCCACCGCCGAGCGUCUCCACCAAGCCAUCCGCCUCCUCGACGCCCAGCUCCGCACCGACGUCGUCUCCCGCCACCCCGAGCUCCUCUCCCAGCUCUCCUCCCUCUCCCACGCCGAGACCUCUCUCUCCUCCCUCCGCUCCUCCGUCUCCUCCCUCCAAUCCUCCAUCCGCCGCGUCAGAUCCGACCUCUCCGAGCCCGUCCGCUCGAUCCGCUCCAAAUCCACCCAGCUCACCAACCUCCACUCCGCCUCCGAGCUCCUCUCCCACUCCGUCCGCGCGCUCCGCCUCUCCAAGAAGCUCCGCGAUCUAACGGACGGAUCGGAUCCGGAGAAGAUCGAUCUCGCGAAAUCCGCGCAGCUCCAUUUCGAGAUCUCAGCGAUGUGCAGAGAGUACGAUCUCUUCGGGAUCGAGGCCAUCGACGAGGAGAUCAAGUUCGUCGACCAGAUCGGGGAGAAGCUGAGAUCUGAAGCCAUGAAGGUGUUGGAGAGAGGCGUGGAAGGGAUGAAUCAAGCCGAGGUUGGGACUGGGUUGCAGGUUUUCUAUAACCUCGGGGAGCUGAAGCAGACGGUGGAUCAGUUGGUGAACAAGUACAAGGGGAUGGCUGUGAAGAGCGUUGGGGUUGCUAUGGAUAUGAAAGCGAUUUCUUCUGGUGGGCCUGGUGGUGGUGGUGGGUUUGGGCCUGGAGGGAUUAGGUCUAGCGGAGCGCCGCAUAUCGGUGGUGGAGGUAAGGUUAGGGAUGCACUUUGGCAGAGGAUGGGGAGUUGUAUGGAUCAGUUGUAUGCUAUUGUGGUUGCUGUGUGGCAUUUGCAGCGUGUGUUGUCCAAGAAGAGGGAUCCUUUUACUCAUGUUCUUCUUCUUGAUGAAGUCAUCAAGGAAGGUGAUUCUAUGCUAACAGACAGAGUCUGGGACGCACUUGUGAAGGCGUUUACCAGCCAAAUGAAGUCUGCAUUCACAGCUUCGAGUUUUGUGAAAGAAAUAUUCACCAUGGGAUAUCCAAAGCUGGUGUCUAUGAUAGAAAAUCUCCUUGAGAGGAUCGCUCGCGACACCGAUGUGAAAGGAGUGUUACCUGCGGUUGAUUCAGAAAGGAAAGAACAAAUGGUUUCGUGCAUUGCAAUAUUCCAAACUGCUUUCUUAUCACUAUGCUUUGGACGGUUGUCAGAUCUUGUGAACUCUAUAUUCCCUAUGUCGAGCCGUGGGAGCUUACCUUCCAAAGAACAGAUCUCACAGGUACUGUCACACAUUCAAGACGAGAUUGAGGCUGUUCAUCCAGAUGGUCGUUUGACUCUUCUAGUUUUGCGUGAGAUAGGCAAGGCUCUUAGUAACCUUGCUCAACGAGCUGAGUGCCAGAUUUCUACAGGGCCUGAGACACGCCAGAUAACAGGUCCUGCAACUUCAACACAGAUCAGGAAUUUCACAUUAUGUCAGCAUCUGCAAGGAAUCCACACGCAUAUCUCAUCCAUGGUAGCGGACCUUCCCAGUAUCGCCGCUGAUGUAUUAUCUCCUCAUCUGGGUGCGAUAUACGCUGCGGCGUGCGAGCCAGUUACACCUUUGUUUAAAGCGAUGCGAGACCAGCUGGAGUCAUGCAUUCUUCAGAUCCACGACCAAAACUUUGGUGUUGACGAUGCUGCCUUGGACAGUAACACCUCCCCAUACAUGGAGGAGUUGCAGAAAUCGAUUCUUCACUUCCGUAGGGAGUUCCUAUCCAGGCUGUUGCCUUCCGCAGCAAGUGCUAACACUGCAGGGACAGAAUCAAUCUGCACUAGACUCGCGAGACAAAUGGCUUCAAGGGUUUUGAUCUUCUACAUAAGGCAUGCUUCCCUGGUGCGACCACUAUCAGAAUGGGGGAAACUCAGGAUGGCUAGAGACAUGGCAGAGCUGGAACUCGCGGUGGGACAGAAUCUGUUCCCUGUGGAGCAGCUCGGUGCACCGUACAGAGCUCUUAGAGCAUUUAGGCCAUUGGUUUUCCUGGAAACAUCUGAAAUGGGAUCAUCUCCUCUCAUCCAGGAUCUACCACCGAGCAUCGUCCUACAUCAUCUCUACACGAGAGGCCCAGACGAGUUAGAGUCACCGAUGCAGAAGAACAGACUGAGUCCAAAGCAGUACUCACUGUGGCUUGAUAACCAAAAAGAGGAUCAGAUCUGGAAGGGGAUAAAAGCGACUUUGGAUGAUUAUGCAGUGAAGAUCAAGUCGAGAGGGGACAAGGAGUUUAGUCCAGUGUAUCCACUAAUGCUUCAAAUUGGUUCUUCUUUGACAGAAGGAAACUUAUAAGCUCCUUAUGUGUGCUUUGUUUCAUCUUUUCAAGGCUUUUAAGAGUUCUUCGAAUCAAUAACAUGUUUUGUUGUCUCAAGGAGUUUUCUUACAGUCAUAGUGACAAUACCUCGUGUCAUGUAAAUCGAGAUUCAGACAUCAUGACAUGGCUUGUGCCUUCUUCUACAUAGAGCUUUUUUUUUUUU